AUGAGUCAUCCAUGUAAUACAUCUUUUAAAGGAUAUCUUAAUUAUGAAUGUUACAAGGAUUUAAAUUAUCAAUUUGGCGAUAAAUUAAAAGAUAGGGGUUAUAUGAGUAGUACAUUUAUUUCGGAUAUUGGAAAAGAAUACGAAAAUGGUAAACUAAAGAUAUAUAAUGAUUUAUCUGAGAUUUUUACUAAAUUAAAAGCAUAUUUAAGCAACGAUCAUGUUUUUGGUUGGGGUAAAUAUAAUGAUGAAGGAACUUGUACGUAUAUGAGCUACUUGUUAUGUGGUCAAAUCCGUGAUAAACUAUAUGGUACAUGUGAUAAGGGCAGAUUUGAUAUACUCAAAGAAUUUGUAGACAAAUACAAUAAUUCUACUAGUUCUUAUGCAUGUAGAAAUUACUUUAAACACUUAGGUGAUAAUGAAUUUCGAAAAAUGAAUGCCUUAUAUGAUUUUUAUGAUAAGUAUAUAAAGUUAUCAGCAGAAAAUUUGCAUGGGAAUACUAAAUACUGCAGUGACAUGCUUAAUUUAGUUUACUUAUAUAAUAAUUCUUUAUUUAAACAAUUUUUACACGAUAGCUCAGAAUUUAAUGAUGUAUUGAAGCACAUUUAUGCACUUAUGGAGAAUAUUACAGAGACCGGAAGAAUAUGUUGUACAAAUGAAAAAUUUCCUAUACGUAAUCCAGGUUUAUUUAUAUCAUCUGUGGUACAAGAACAACCCCCUACCCACACAUCAUCAGAACGAGAUAGGGAACCAUCACACGAAGGAAUAUUAGAUGAUCCACGUAAUCCAAUACAUUCAGAAGGAACAAGUGCAUUACGAAUGUCUUUAGGAGAAGAAAUAAUAGCAGAUCCUGUAAAUUCAAGAGUAUCUGAAGUAUCACAAUCAUCAGUAGAAGCAAUAAAUUUUGUAUCAGAAGAACCCUUUGAUAGAAAUCAAUUACCUCAAAACCUAGAACACUUAGGAAAAUAUGAAUCUUUUGGACAACCCCCUUAUGUAUCACGAGGAUCUCAUGGAUCAGAAAGUUAUUAUGGAAAAGGAGGACGCGUUGAAACAAAGAAUAGGUUAUCACCAGAGAAUCCCAGAGUAGUAACAAAACCAUUAGGAACAGGAAUUAAUAAUUCAGGCUUCAUGACAAAUGUACAAAAUGGUAUUUCAGAAUUUAUAAAAGAUGUUGAUCCAGUACCAGUUAUGGGUGUAUCUGGAGGGAUGGGAGCCUUAUACUUACUUUUAAGG